AUGCACUUCGCCUUCCCUGAGUCAGUCUUGCUCCAGAUCCCGCCAGGUGCGCUCGUCCUUACCUGUCGCUCCCCACACCGGGCCCUCAGUGACUCGUGACUCUGAACGUCUAUUGUGUGCUGUGUUGUGUGUGCAUCAAGCCAUCCUCGGCCUCUCAUCUGCUCCUGCCUUGCACCUCCUGGCCUCUCUCUCUUUCCUCGCGUCUGUGGUUUAGCGUGGGUGUGUCGCCUGCUACCGCUACUACUGCUACUGUUACUGCUGGUGUAGAUACAGGUGGCAUGAUGACCAAGGUGCUGCUGCUGCUGCUGCUGCUGAUGGAGGCGGUGGUGGUGGGAGUGAUAGGGGUGGAAGAGAUCGACUCACCCCUAGCAGAUGAAGAGAACGCAACUCUCCCGCCUGAGGAACCCCCGAUAACCCCAGUGAUUGACCAGGAACCAACCUCCUCAACUACUACUACUAUUCCUGCUCCUACUACUACUGCUGCUCCUCCUUCUGCUACUACUUCAGGACGUAAUGAUGAUGCCUCUUCUUCUUCUUCUUCUGCCCGUGUUAUUCUCCCUUCCGCUCUUUCUCGUCGUAAGAUUCCACUUCUAAGAUCUUCCUCCAUCUCCUCCAAUCCUCCUCCUACCCUCCCCUCCUCCUCUUCCUCCUCUUCCUCCUCCCCAACUCUGGUCCUGCGAAAAACACCUGAUUCCUCUUCCUCCUCCUCCUCCUCAUCAUCAUCAUCAUCAUCAUCAUCAUCCAUCAUCUUCCCUCGAAAAAUCCCAUCACUUUCCUCUCUUUCCAAUCGCAAAUCUUCUCUUUCGUCCUCUUCCUCCACCACCACGACCUCCAGCCCCUCCACCUCGCCUUCCAGUGGUAGGCCAAGACUCUCCUCCUCCCGCGGUCGCUCCAUGUUCUCUUCCGCCCGCUCCCUCCACGCCAUACCAAGAGGAAGGUCCAUGUCAUCAUCGCCUGUGCCAAGGAACCUCGCUUCGACCCCCACUGCUCGACCCAAGAUGUCCAUGUCCUCUUCUUUACGUGGAGGUGCUUCUGUGCCUUCUGAUGAAUCCCCUUCAGACCUGCCAGAAUCCUCCGGGUCAUACUCGUCCCUAAAAGCUUCCUCCUCCGUCUCAUCGGCUUCUUACUCUUCUCCUCCUCCUCCUCCUUCUUCUACCUCCUCAGAUUCCUCCGCAAGAAGAAAAUUUAUGCCUCUCUUCCCCUCACGGUCUUUCCCCAUCAAAGCCCCAACGCCCCUCACCACAACCACUGACGAGUCCACCACCACCACCACCUCGCCCCCUACCACCACCGCAGCUGCAUCUGUUAGAAAAUUCCUGCCACGCUUCCCUGUUCGUCUUUCCCUCCAGACCCCUCCUACCACCACCACCACCACCAGCGCAAUCACCACCACCAGCGCAGCCACCACCACCAGCGCAACCACCACCACCAGCGCAACCACCACCACCAGCGCAGCCACCACCACCAGCGCAACCACCACCACCACCACCUCCUCGGAAGUCACCACAUCGCUCACGUCAUCUGGUGAAGUGGAGAGCAACACCACCAUCACCACAACCACACCUAAGAACUCCCUUGAACGCGCCACGAACCCUCCUGUCUCAAGAACUAGGGACACUACCACCACCACCACCACUACUACUACUUCUACUACUACUACUGAAGUCCCAGCCAGUGACUCCAGCAGCACCAAUUCCUCCCUGUCUGAGCCCCCCAUGCCAGCAUCCCGUGAACACGCCUCCCGCACCGCCACCUUCAUCCCCGCCAGCAGGUUCCUGAGUCGGUCCAAACCAAAUGGUGAAGAACCGGAGCUCAAAGAAGAGGACGAUGACGACGAGGAGGACAACCUGAUUGGGCAGAGUCCGUGUCCCCGAGGCAACCGAGGACUCGUCUGCAGGAGGAAGCUUGUUCGCAACGCCCGUAACUGCACCUCAGGCAUGUGUGGCCGCUGCCGCCGCGGCUGCUCCAACGUGUCGCCCUCAGACUGGCCCACCUGCUGCCGCGACCACUUCCUGUGCUGCCGCCAGCUGGCUUCUGCCUGCCAGGACUGCAGCGCCCCGCAGCUGGUUCCCUUCUGCACCGCCGCCUUCAAAAAGUGCUACUAAUAUCCUACUUACCCUCCCUCCCUGCCCCAGGCACGUGCCCGCCCCAGGCUGCUGGCUGGCUGUCCUCGAGGGCGGCAUCUCAUAACGCCUUAAAAAGCUGACUUUGUCCCGGUGAGACAGAUCCGCCUGGCCGGACACCGGCGGGGCACGCCAGUGGGUGCUGGAGGACACCGGCCCGCUCGCGACUGCCCACACUGGCCCUGACGGACACUGCUCGCCGGGACUUUACCCAGUGAAUGUAUUAUGUAUUUUCGUGCUUUUAUAAAGUAUGGAAAUACGCGCGAGGACGAGCGCCCCGCCCCUGUGCCGGGUGGGGCCCGCCUUGUAUUAGACAUAUAGUAGUUAGUGUGUCUCUCUGAACUCUUGAACCGGACAGCUGUUGUGCAGCGAACACACCUUUAUAUAUAUAUUUUGUUUACCAGUCCGGCUCAGGAAUAAUUUAUAAUGCUUGUCUCGCUUCGUGAAACGCUUGUGGGCGGAGGCUGCCAGACCCACCCACCCUCCCCGCCCGUUGCGUCACCCCCACCGCCGCGGCGCUCGAGCAUCCCAAUAUAAAGAGAAACUCGCCUCGUCCACGGACCGUGAACGGGAGUGGCAGCGUAAAAGUACUGCGGCCGCGGCCUUGACUCGCGGCGGGGCGUCACGCGGCGGCCGGUGACGCAUCGGCGGGGCCACCACUAGGACGACCCGCGCACCUGUGUACCCCGCGGCCUGUGCUGCCUGUGUUGCUGUUGUCCAUGUUCAAGGCCACGCAUUGCAUCCAUCAAACCACCAAUCCAUGCUAAUCUUAAUCUUUAUUACCUGAAAUUUCCCUUGCCUGACUGAGCCUUGGCGCAGCCCCGCCGGGCACGCAGGCCCGCCAGAGGGACACACCGCGCCGGGAUGCACCGUCCGCUGUGCAAUUGUUAGUCAUUAGUCUGAAUGAUAAUAAUCUUUCGUAUCACGCCCGUUACUUUCAUUAUUAUUGUUAUUAUAUUUUGUUUUUAUGUUUCUUUUUUUUAUCACCACUGCCUUGUCGUCCUCGAUGCAAAGAAUAUGGAGUGGUUUGUGUUGUUUUGUGGAGCAGUGAAUGACAGUUCAUGAUGAGGGGAUGAUUGUGCAUGAGUGGACUGCAGCCUUCACCACCACCAUCACCAACAAGAACAACAACAACAGCAACAGCAACACACUCUCACCAACAUUAUUACUCACCACCACCACCACUACCACCACCAUCACCACUGCCGUUCAAAAUUCAAGGAAAUACACGAAAAAAAAAAAAAUGCUUGUCUAUUCACAGAAGUUUACAUCAUUUAUACAUUGACUCAAAAAAGAAGCAGUUGAGAUGCCUUCAAUAAAAACAAUAUGAUUUAUUGCCAUUAAGUGUGAUUGCAAUUGGAGAGAAACAGAAAAAUAGGUGAGGCAGUACACACACACACACACACACACACACACACACACACACACACACACACACACACACACACACACACACACACACACACACACACGUACACA